UUUGGGGGAAGAGGGGGACAUGAGGCCAGUGUUGCCUCUCGCUACUGCUACUGCUGCCAAUGUGUGUCCAGGAGCUGGAUACCCAAACAGGACUGUUGCUGGUGGAAGCAGUUAGGAUUCUGCUGCUGUUUUGUUGUUGAGCAACAAUAAGGAGAACAAAUAGAGGUAAGAACUUCAGUUUGCAGGACGAUAUACAAUGUGGGUGUAUCAGAAUUAGGGAAACUAAAUUGUGGUCACUUUGAGAGGGAUCUACAGCCACAGAGAAAUGGACGUGACACAAGUGAAGAAAGAGGAUGAUAAGAAAGAGAAGACAGAAGAGGAGGUGGUGCACCUUCGGAGAGAGAUCGGCCUGCUGCCCGCCGUGUGCUUCAUCAUCGGCACGGUGGUGGGCAGUGGGAUCUUCAUCGCUCCAAAGGGGGUCCUGAUAAAUAGUGGCAGUGUGGGGCUCUCUCUGCUGGUCUGGGCGCUGUGUGGGGUCCUCUCCUUGUUUGGGGCCCUGUGCUAUGCUGAACUGGGUACCAGCUUCACAAAAUCAGGGGGCCACUACACUUAUCUACUGGAGACACUGGGGCCACUGCCUGCCUUUUUACGACUCUGGGCUGAGUUCUUUUUCAUCAGGCCUUCUGUGGCUUCCUAUGUGUCCCUGGCGUUUGGCCGCUAUGUGGUGGAGCCGUUCUAUGCACCCUGUGAUGCUCCCACAGUACUGAUCAAACUUGUCAGCAUCUUGGGAUUGACGUUUGUGGUGGCGGUGAAUUGCUGGAGUGUGACCAUGGCCUCCCGCACUCAGGUCACCUUGACUUUUAUCAAGAUGUUUGCUCUGGUCCUCAUCAUCGUCCCCGGUUUCAUCGCACUGGCCAAAGGAAAAACUGAGAACUUCCAGAACGGUUUUGAAGUUGAGUCAAUAACACUGGAUAGGUUGCCGCUGGCAUUCUAUAAUGGCCUAUAUGCCUACGGUGGAUGGUUUUAUCUGAACUUUGUCACAGAAGAGGUCAUUAACCCAAAUAGAAACAUCCCGCUGGCAAUAAUCUGCUCCAUGGUGAUGGUGACAGUCUGUUAUGUGCUUGUUAACGUGGCCUAUUACACCAUGAUGACUCCUGCUGAGCUGCUGCUGUCUGAAGCUGUGGCUGUGACGUUUGCCAACCGUGCUCUCCAGGGAAUGGCCUCUGUGAUUCCCUUUCUUGUUGCCCUAUCCUGCCUUGGAGCGCUUAACGGUGGUUUCUUCGGGGCACCGAGGAUGCUGUUUGUGGGAGCCAGGGAGGGUCACUGGCCUCCGAUCUUUUCCAUGAUUCACAUCCGCAGACACACACCAUUGCCUGCUGUGCUGUUAUUGUACCCCAUGGUGGUGGUGGUGAUGUUAAUGACAGGAGAGAUCUACCAGCUCAUCAACUUUGCUUCCUUUUCUCGCUGGUUCUUCAUCGCCUUGGCAACCUUGGGGAUGCUCAUCCAUCGAUAUCGCUUCCCCCUCCACCCAAGACCUUUCAAGGUGCCACUGGUCAUCGCGGUCACCUUCACCGUGGUCUGCUUCUUCAUCGUGGGUCUCUCUCUGUACUCGGACCCCUGGAACACAGGGAUCAGCUGUGCCCUCACCCUGACCGGGGUCCCAGUGUACUAUCUGACCGUCUACCGCUACCGCCUGCCCCAUUCAUGGAGACGCUUCUUCGACUACUUGAGCAAGCAGCUGCAGAUCCUUUUGGAAGUGGCUCAGCAGGAAGUGCGAACAUACUGAAGACCGCUUUCUACUGAAUAACACCGUGAGAAGUCCUAGAAUACUAUUUUGUUACGGGUUUGAAGCCGUUUUAGCUGUCCAUUUUGAUACUAAAAUAACUGUAAUGUGCUGUUUUGAGAAAACUAUUAAAACUACAAAUGACCCGG